AUGAGGGACUUCGGGUUCGGGGUCCUGAAGGCAGCCCCGCUCCGCAGCAACAGCAGUAGCAGCCCCGGGCCCCUGUUGAGCGGCGGGGCGUACCGCCCCUCCGCCGCGGGGCCCGCCGCGGCCGCCGCCCCGCUGCCCUCCGCCACGCCCUUCGGCCCGCUCUCGCCGCCGCCGUUGCCUGUCACCGGCUUCUCGGAGGCCGCCUCCCCCUUCUCCAUCCCCCUCGGCUGCGGCCGCGCAGGCAGCUCGCUCGCUUCCUCUUCCUCCGCGUUCCCGGCGCCUCAGCAGACCAUGCAGGAUGAGCUGUUGCUGGGCCUGACACAGCAGCCGGCGCGGCCGCUCUCGGGGGCGGCGGCCGCGGAGAAACUCCCCAACCCGCAGCCCGUCGGCGGCACGAACGCGGGUGUGACCCACCUCCUCCCCUCCCAGGACUUCCAACCGAGUCUGCACCACCCCUCCUCCUCCUCCUCCUCCGCCUGCUGCUGUUGCCGCACCUCCUCCCCGCAGGACUUCAGUCAGCAGCAGCAGCAGCAGCUGAGUAGCCAGAAGAGGAAAGAGUUCAGCCCCCCCCGCCUUCCCCACCCUCCGGACUCCAAGCCGCCGCCGCUCCACUGCCCCAGCCGGUUCAGCCCGCCGCCGCCCGGGCCGCUCCUCCACUCGGCGCGGCUCGCCCCGCGCCAGCAGCAGCAGCAGCACAAGCCGCCGCCACCGCCGUUCAGCCUCCCGCAACCGCAGCACCUCCCGCCUCAGGACUUCGCCCCGCGGCAGCGCCUGGCCGACCUGCCCCCGAUCCCGCAGCUCCCGCCCUCGCCUCCCGCAGCCCCGCGGCGCCGCCACGGAGGCGCGAGCAGCCCUCGCAAGACCCCGGCCGCGGGCGAGGGCAGCGUCGCCGAGCCCCCCAAUGCGGGCUUGGCCGCCUCGACGCCGCCGGUGAACCCCGCGCCGGGCUCCAUGGAGUCCCCCAACCACCCUCUCCUCAACAGCCCCAGUAACCUCUUGCCCGGCGGGGCGCUCGGCGCGGGUGCCUUCAGCAGCCUGCAGAGCUCGGACCUUCCGCACCCGGGCGGCGGGGCCGGGUGCGGCCGUGGGAAGCGACCUCGGGCGGGAAGAAGAUGCAGGCGGGAGAGGGUGCGUGCGGGAUUCCGUGGUUCUCCGCCGCGGCCGGUGAGGAGUCCGGCGGAGAGGCUGUUUCUCUUUCUAGUUUGUUGCGUCGGCGGGAGACCUGGCCUCCGAGGCCCGAGCCAGCGGCGGACCGGCCGGCUUCCUAGUGCCGUGGCCGCCGGCUCAGCCUGUGGGCAGUGCCGCGCUCCCCGCCGUGGGGCCGGUGUGAGCCCGGCAGCGCCCGCGGACCACCUGCCUCCUACCGGGGCCGCGUCCUUUGAGAGCUGCCAGACGGAUGACUUUAAACCAGAAACUCCUCUUCUGAAACAGUCUCCUUGGAGCAACCAUCAGAACAGUGGCUGGGGCACUGGAAGUAUGUCCUGGGGAGCGAUGCAUGGCAGAGAUCAUCGUAGAACUGGAAACAUGGGGAUUCCAGGAACUAUGAAUCAGAUCUCUCCACUGAAGAAACCAUUUUCUGGUAAUGUCAUAGCACCACCGAAAUUUACUCGCUCUACUCCAUCACUGACUCCAAAAUCUUGGAUUGAAGAUAAUGUGUUCAGAACAGACAACAAUAGUAAUACACUCUUACCCUUACAGGUGAGAUCUAGUUUGCAGUUGCCAGCUUGGGGCUCAGAUUCCCUCCAAGAUAGUUGGUGCACUGCAGCCGGAACAUCCAGAAUAGACCAGGAUCGAAGUAGAAUGUAUGACAGUUUGAAUAUGCACUCUUUGGAAAAUUCCCUUAUUGAUAUCAUGAGAGCAGAGCAUGAUCCGCUGAAAGGUCGAUUGAGCUAUCCACAUCCAGGGACUGACAAUCUGUUGAUGUUAAAUGCAAGGAGUUAUGGGCGAAGACGAGGUCGGUCUUCCCUCUUUCCGAUAGACGAUGGCUUGCUGGAUGAUGGCCAUAAUGAUCAAGUUGGUGUUUUAAAUUCACCCACGUGUUACUCAGCUCAUCAAAAUGGAGAGCGAAUAGAGCGCUUCUCUCGAAAAGUUUUUGUUGGUGGUCUUCCUCCAGAUAUUGAUGAAGAUGAAAUAACAGCCAGCUUCAGAAGAUUUGGGCCUCUGGUCGUAGACUGGCCUCACAAAGCAGAAAGCAAAUCCUAUUUUCCACCAAAAGGCUAUGCAUUCCUGCUCUUUCAAGAAGAGAGCUCAGUUCAGGCGCUGAUUGAUGCUUGUAUCGAAGACGAUGGAAAGCUCUAUCUGUGUGUCUCCAGCCCCACCAUCAAGGACAAGCCAGUUCAGAUCCGUCCUUGGAAUUUAAGUGACAGUGAUUUUGUGAUGGAUGGUUCUCAGCCUUUGGAUCCCCGAAAAACAAUUUUUGUUGGAGGUGUUCCUAGGCCGUUACGGGCUGUGGAACUUGCUAUGAUAAUGGACCGGCUCUAUGGCGGAGUGUGUUAUGCAGGAAUUGAUACAGAUCCUGAGCUCAAAUACCCAAAAGGUGCUGGACGAGUCGCUUUCUCUAAUCAGCAGAGCUAUAUUGCUGCCAUUAGUGCCCGGUUUGUUCAACUCCAGCAUGGUGAUAUUGAUAAGCGUGUGGAGGUAAAGCCAUAUGUGCUAGAUGACCAGAUGUGUGAUGAAUGCCAGGGCGCACGCUGUGGUGGGAAAUUUGCUCCUUUCUUUUGUGCCAAUGUCACUUGCCUGCAGUAUUACUGUGAGUUUUGUUGGGCAAAUAUCCACUCUCGUGCAGGACGUGAGUUCCACAAGCCAUUGGUAAAGGAAGGUGCUGAUCGCCCACGUCAGAUCCACUUCCGCUGGAACUAAGAAUAGCGAGCCGGCGUCUGCUUAAGGAAAGAAAGGGUGCAUGUGGCUUACUGUGUGUAAGGAUACUGACAUGCAGAAGAGAUAAGUGCAUUCUUCUGCUUUCUCCCCAGCUAUCAAUACAUGCAUCUUUAUCAGCAGCCAAAACACUACAAGCCUCUUGUUUUUCACCAAAACCCUACAUCUCAGGCUUACUAAUUUUUGCGAUAUUUUCAUGUUAAAAUAAAAUGUUUUUUUGUAUUUUCUCCAAGUUAUUUUUAUAUGUAAAGUGAAAAUUAGAUAUGAGAAUGUUUUGCGUAGGGGCAACACCGUCUGCUGCUAUAUUGUGGGGGAAGCGCGCACUUAUUUCUAAAUGUGGGUUUUUAACUUCAAGAUCUGCCCCAGUAAUUUACCAAAGGUAGCAAAAUAAUAGUGAAGAUGGAAUAUGUCUGCUACAAAUGCUUAUUUUUAUUGUUGCUAUUUUCAGUGUAUACAUAAACUAAAAAUUAGGGUUAAUUUUUUGCUCUCCAUUUUGACUUGCAAGAAAUAAUACCUCAGAUAAUCUGAUUUAUUAGCUAUUUUUAAACAUUUUUAAUCACAAGCUGUAUUAGCUUUGCUGCUAUAUAGGUGUUAUGUGUAAAUGCCACCUAUUAAUACGGGAUUGAAAACGUUAGAGACACACUGCAUUGCAGAUGAAAUGCAGGCAGCACAAUAUGGCCUAAACUGCCAUAGUUUUAGAAUGUGAAAAAAAAAUGCAUGUUUACUUACCUGUAUACAUCAUAAUGCAUGCACUAGAGUUAGUAACUAACAAGAGGUGAGGUAUUGCAGAUGUCCAAACAAGCUCUCUUGAAUCUAGAUAGCAUGAACCAAUUAUAUAAUUUGUUUUAAAAAAAAGCAAACUUGCAUGCAUUAUUGUGACUUCAAGUUUAAAAAAAAAAAAAAACUGUCCUACAUGUGUACAAUAUGCAAAUUAGUCUUAGAUUAGAGAGUGCAGCCAUUUUGUGAUCUGGUCGGUAGUGGAACUCGAUUUUUGCAGACUGGAUGUAAUAUUUGUAAUCCCUGUGCAAUUUUGUGAUGUGCGGUUCUAAUUCAUGUGCAGUGAUAGAGUAUAGAAAAGAUUGAAAGGAAAAUACAAGAAUUUUAAAUAAGUUGAUUUUAGCCCCUUUGAUAGUUCAUGGUUAAGACAUCCUUUCCAAACCAAAGAUGGCCAGCACACUGCUAACCAGUCACCAAAUGUAAGACCCGUGGAAAACCCAUACUUAAAAAAGUGAACUGUAGAGAAGAAUGCAAAAACUUUGGUGGACCCACGUAAAGUCAAAAUGGAGAUGGGAAAUAAACAGACGGCUAGUUGCAUGAAAAUAAAUUUUACCUUGAAGGCAAAGGUGAAAUCUGGCUUAAACUUACUUAAUGUUUGACCUAUGUACUUUGGGGUCUUAUGUCUAAACUGGGGUCACUGUUGCAUGG